GGUGGAGGAAGGAGUAAAAACUCUAUAGCCUAGAUUCUGUUCCUGCUCCCAUUGAAGUCUGCCACAAUAAUGCCUGGUGCUAGAUGUGUGAUGACUUCGCUUUUACUACCAACGUUCUUUAGAAGAAAAAUAGGACAUCUGGUGCUUGCCCAGAGCUAGUAGCCUGGUUGGGAGGCAGGCUUGUCCUUUGAGUUUUUAUGACUGGGGCACUUAGAUCUGGCCAGCCCAGCUCUGCUUAUCACAGCUUGGUUGUGUUUGCAUGAUAAUGGUGACUUUUUAAAAAAGAGGAUCUAGUAUCUCUGGGAUCCUCUCUUCAAGAAAGAUGUAAGUUCUUUCCUGUUUCACUCUCACACUGACUGAUUUUUACCCAGCUUCUUUCUGUUUGUGGAAUGCAGGUCAGAUACCAUGUCCCAGAAUGGAUGCCACGUGGCUGAUAAGCAUUAUAGUAUCCACCCUUUUUCCUCUCCCAAUUCCUGCCCUUCCUAGAGUCAAGAGAUCCAUGGCAUGUGUCAGGAAGAAGGACAGAGCAAAACCAGAGGCAAGAUGGCCCAGUCCAUGACAUCUGUGGUGAGGUUCUCCGCAUAUGACAAUGUCACCCACUCUACUGCCACUACCCUGCUUAUGGCCUCAAAUAAUGUGACGACUCUGCCCCCAACAACAGUCCGGGCAAUCAAUGACACCAACAUCACUAUGCCACACAAGUGCCUGCUGUUGCUAUACGAAGACAUUGGGAAGUCCAGAGUCCGCUACUGGGACCUUAUGCUUCUGGUUCCCAAUGUGCUUUUCUUUGUCUUUCUUCUCUGGAAACUGCCCUCUGCCAGGGCCAAAAUCCAUGUCACUUCCAGCCCCAUCUUUACUACCUUCUACAUACUGGUAUUUGUGGUGGCGUUAGUUGGGAUUGCUCGUGCUGUUGUCUCUAUGACGGUCAGCGCCUCUGAUGCUGCUACAGUUGCAGAUAAGAUUCUGUGGGAGAUCACAAGGUUCUUCCUCCUGGCCAUUGAGCUGAGUGUGGUGAUCCUAGGCCUUGCCUUUGGUCAUCUUGAGAGCCAGUCCAGUGUCAAGCGUGUACUGGCAAUUACCACAGUGUUGUCAUUGGCCUACUCUGUUACCCAGGGGACACUGGAGAUCCUAUACCCUGAUGCUCACCUCUCAGCUGAAGACUUCAACAUCUAUGGCCAUGGGGGAAGGCACUUCUGGCUUGCCAGCUCCUGUUUCUUCUUUCUGGUCUAUUCCUUGGUGGUGAUUCUUCCAAAAACUCCUCUGAAAGACCGGAUUUCUCUACCAUCUAGGAAGAGUUUUUAUGUCUAUGCUGGAAUUCUUGCUCUGCUGAAUCUGGUGCAGGGCUUGGGCAGUGCCCUUCUCUGCGUGGAUAUCAUAGAAGGACUGUGGUAUGUAUGCAGGACCCCUCACAUCCUUCCUGCUACUAUAGAUAGAUCCUUGGGUUGGCAGAAGGAAGAGAGCCCAGUUGAGCAAAACUUAUUUAAUGAGUGCGUAGCAUCACCUUCUCCCCCUGCCCUAGGCAUAGUCUUGGAGCCCUCUGCUGUUUCCAUCAUAGAUGGCAGCACCAUGGGGGAAUGUGCUGUGGCCGAUAAUCUUUUAGGACAGUGCAAGUUGCUUGUAGCUGCUGUUUCUUCUCUUGAGAUACUGCCUGCCUUAACAAGGGUCUUAAUUCUUUUUCCUGAUUCCAGGUCUGAGCCGAAGAUCCUGUUCUCCUACAAAUGCCAAGUGGAUGAGCCUGAGGAUGUAGAUGUACACCUCCCCCAUGCCUAUGCUGUGGCCAAGAAAGAGGGUGUGGAUUCCAGCUUCUACUCAAACACCCAGAUCGACACCGCAGCCUACUUGGAUGACGUCGCUUCAAUGCCCUACCACGUGGGCAGUGUCAACAGCAUCGACAGUGACCGCUGGAAAGCUAUUAAUGCCUAAAGCAACCCAGAUGCCCAGCACGAUGCCACCCUCCCUGAUCACACAGCUGCUAGGAUGUUUAUCAGAGACUGGCCCUUAGUCACUUGGUGUGGCUUUUCCCUCUUUCCUGGGGGUUUAAAAACCCAUCAUGGAACAAAAGAGCUCCAGCCCUCCCAGAAGGACCUUUUCUAUCUUCAUGUGAGAACAGCUGAGACCAGCUAUGUUCAUGAAUAUCUAAAUGCUGAACCUUCCUGAUCCUUUGUGUUCCAGAUGUAGCUGUGACCCAAAAGAUGGGCCUGGCUGGCACCCAUUUCUUUCCAGUGACUGAAAACACUUAUGUAACUGGGACGGGAGUGGGAUUUUGAGGUGGGUGAGUUGAGAUUAACUUCUCUGUGACACGUGUAUGAAGCAUUCAGCACAUACAGAGAAAGGCACUUUCUUGGGCUGUCUUAACAGAUCCCAUUUCCCAAGUCAUAUUGUAUUGUAGGAAGAGUGCUGUCUGAAGAGAGGAAAACUGGGAGAGCAGGGCUACUCCCCAAUUCCAGCGGAUACCAAUGGAAAUCAUGAACUUCAGUAAAGUGAGAGUUACUAGGAGUGUUAUGGGUGUUUAUGGGAGAAGGCAUACUGAUGAGUGAACUGCUAAAUGUGCCCUGUGACCAUUACAGGGGCACUGUCUGGCACGACAGCUGUAUCCGGGGUCAAAGAAAGAGACUUUUAAAGAGCCAGCAUUACUAUCUCUAGGAGAGACAGCGGCUAUGGGAGAGUCUCUGAAGACCAUGCUGCUCAGCUGUCCAGCUGCUGUGCAAUUGAACUCAUACUGUGAACUUGUGGUGACAAGUCACUGUGUUUUACACUGAAUUAGGGUUACAUUUUAAGAAUAAAAUUGGCCAAGUGUGAGUUUUUCAGAUCUGCACUCUGCUUUACAAUCCUGACUGAAUUCAGAGCUCCAAAAGGGCUGUAAAGGAGCAAGCUGGCUCUGAAGAUGAAGGCUCCAAAUGAGUUCAGUUGGUUGAAGCAGAGUAGAAGUCCCACAUGAGUCCUGUCUGCCAGUGACCAAUAACUGGUGAAGCCACAGAGUGCUAGGAUCAAGGCAAUUAGUGGUUUAGGUUGGGUGGUAGAUGGGAUGGAGGCAGGCAGGCAAACUGCUAUAAUUUCUAUGGCAGCGUCCGUCUCCUGGACCUGUGUUGCAUUACAGCUUGCACCCUAGCACAGUCACAUUGGCUUCAACAGAUUUUAUAGCUAGAUGUAUUGAACCUAGAACAUGGUUCUUUUAAAACUACCCAGGACCUGUCAUUAACCUCUUCAUGAUGAAAAAAAAAUCUGGCCUGGCUUUCCUGGACUUCAUUAUGGACCUAACACAUGGUUGUUCCACUGAAAGCUGCAGAUGCCGGUCUUGUGGUACCUGUGUAGUUGAUUUGUAUUCAUUGUUGGCAAAUACAUUUCUGCCUGAAGUACUGGGGAGUGGAGGUUCAAAUAUAAAUGGCUGCAUUCCAUUAGAGAUAACAGAGUGAGAACAUUUUCAACAUUUCAGGAUUUUGUGUGUAUUUCUCUUAUGUGUUUUCCUUGUGCCUGGCAGCCAAAGAAAGUGGAAGAGACAAAGACUGUAGGAAAUGCUCACCCUAGUGUGGUAGUGGUUUGAAUUGUGAGAAAGUAGGGUGCCAAUGUGGCACAGCCAGCUUCUGAACGUGUCCAGAGUGGGAAAGGGAAAACACCAGAAGUGAGAACUGGAAGCUAGUACAGGUCUUUGAAUCCAUGCAGGCACCUCAUUUCCUCUUGUUAAUGAUCAGCGCAGCCUGUCUAUGGGCAAGAAGUUCUGCUGCCUUCAUAUUCUGUCCUCCUGAUCUGUAGGCAGUGCUGUGAUGUGAAGAAAAAGAGGAUUUAGUUUAUUUUUAAAACUUUUAUCUACUUUUAAAAAGAAAGUAUUUUCUGAUUGAUCCAGUGUUUGGGUUGAAUUUUUCAUGUAGCUCUUCAGAGCCUUUUAAAUGCCCUCUGUCUGCAAUGACGCUGACAGGUGGCGGCUGAGAUUGUGUUUUUCAAGCUACUUGGCCAGGUUCAGCCUUUUCCACAUUUUCCUAUCAUUGCAGAUAUACAUUCAGUUGCACUGGUAUUAGCAAUGUUGUGGGAGCAUAGGACUAAGGGUGCUUGAAACAUUGCAUCUGUGGGUAGAGUUAGAGGGCAUGUUCCCUGAAAUGCUGGUGGCCUCCUGCUUUCAGCAUGGUGGCUGUUCCUGAAGUUGAACCAGCUUAACAAAAAUUACCUAGGAUGGGCUGGGCUUUGCACACUGGUUCAAGAGUAUCAUGCUCUUGUUUGUCUAGACAUAUCCCAUCCCAAGGAGUAAGGGCUGAGACACUUCAAGACCCUGAAAAUGAGGACUUGCUUGUUCCCCUGGGUGAUGUGAAGAGCAGACUGAAUGCAGCCUACUCUAAAUCAAAUGCCGAAGGGUCAUCUGGGCACAUGUUCAGUGUGUCCAUCAGUUCCCCUUCUCCAAGACUCAGUGUUUCCUCAAGUUAAAUAUAGUCUCUGAAUGUCCCACAUUUGUCUUUUGCUGAGGAGCUUCUGUAGUUGAUAUAGGACCGAUCUUCCCUCUGUUGUCUUUUUAUGUUUGUUAUGCCUUUGAGGCCAGCACAUAAUAUGUAUGGUCCAUGAGCAGAAGUGUGUUUGUGUGUCUGGGGGGACUGGGGAGAUUAAAAACAGAGUAAUGUAUAUUUUUGUUUGUAAAAUAAAUAAAAUUAAGUUUGGCAUAAACUGUAACACCUUCUCAAAUCACCCAGGCUGUACAGAUGUUCUUCAGAAUCCUUUUAAAA